AUGGGUUCAAAGGGUUCGUUCGAGAAUGCGUGGGCUGAUCAAUGGGACAGGAAUCAGGAGAACCACGGAGACGGCGCCGGCGGGAAAGGAAAGUACUCGAAGAAAAUGAAGGGCGGGCUUAACAAAACAAAAGAGGUCGCCACAGCCGGGAUGAAGAAAGUGAAAGCGGGCGCCUCUAUUGGGAUGCUGUGGAUCAAGGUCAAGUACCAAAAGACCACCAAGAAAGCUUCUCCUUAA